AUGCCCCACGUCGUCCUCUCCACAAACGUACAGUUCGAAGACGAGAAAGUUCUUGUCCAGAAGCUCGGUCAAGCUUCAGCCCAGAUCCUUGGAAAGGAUAUCACUGCUUUCCUCGUCCAGUACCGGUACGACCCAAACCUCGCGUUUGCGGGGACGUUCGACCCUGCGUGGAUGUUGCAAGUCGGAAGUACCAGGAACCCAGCUGAUAGGGAACAGUACGCGCUGGGAGUUAUAAAUGCCGAAGCGAAUGAACGGUAUACGGCCGAAUACUGGGAGUUUGCACAGUCGCUAGCGCUGCCGAAAGACAGAGGGUACAUCACGUACUUCGACCCUGGGUGGGAGAACUGGGGGGCGAGGGGGGCUACACUCGCUUUUAGGGAUCCGAAGAGGUUGAAGGCGUAG